AUUACCUGAGUCAAUAAAACCUCAGGUUGGUGAGAGGUGCAGCACAAGGUGACCGGUACCCAUUCAGAGCAACACUCUUCAAGCCCAACACUCGGACCUCCUCAUCGUCGCCGGCUCGUCUUCUGCAAACUCUUCCAGGCCCUCUUGUCAUAUACAUACGGUCCGUUUCGGAAGUGAAACAGCCCAGCAGAGAACAUGCCUCACCGCAGCUGCACCGUGGAGAUCAACAACUCCUCUGGGUCGUACAGCCUCUCUGACCCCAGGGUGUUCAUGGAGAGCGGGUGCUGCGAGGUGCCCCUGCCCCCCAUGGUCGGCCCGUGCUCCCAGGCCAGCGCCUUCUUCAACAAGACGGAGGGCGCGGCCACGGGCGCGGUGGGCGUGUUCACCUACAACCUGUUCAACUACGAUCUCAACGACUACAGCCACGUGCUGGCCGUCAUGUACUCCGUGCCCUACGACCGCAUCCUCUACUCCAACUGGUGCGCCGUGGGCGUGUUCGAGCGCGGCACAGAGUGCGACUACAGCCUGUACGACGCCUUGUACAACGGCUCCGAGGACCGCUUCGCCCGCGCCAAGGCCGACGGCGGGGGCGUGUCCUACGAGGGCGACUACGUGGUGGUCGGCGCCUCCAUGUCUGACUCAGGGGAGGCCGUGGUGAGGGUGGACAUCAACGACCUGGGCAUGUACUAGGGCCGGGAGGUGGAGGAGGGGGAGGAGUGGGGCUAGACUAGGACAGGGGGAGGUGGAGGAGGUGGGACUAGACUAGGACAGGGGGAGGUGGAGGAGGGGGAGGAGGUGGGACUAGACUAGGACAGGGGGAGGUGGAGGAGCGGGGGCUGGACUAGGACAGGGGGAGGUGGGGAGGGGGUGGAGGAGUGGGGGCUAGACUAGGACAGGGGAGGUGGAGGAAGUGUAGUGCUGCGUGUGUGGACCCUCCCGUGGUUUCAAUCAUAUCAUGAUAAUAAAAGGUAAUAAUGAUAAAGGUAAUCGUUAUCUUUUAACCGGUUCACUAAAGCCCACUAACGACAUUCAACAGCGGUUGGCGUCAUUCUUUAUUGCUAGGAAGUCAUUUAUCAUUUGAAUUAAAGAAAUUAUAAUUUUAUAU